GCUCGUCACGUAACAGAUUGCAACACAAGGUCAAUUGAACACAAGUUUAUUCUGUCUACUCUGUGCGCAGUAAGCUCCACGGAAACUAUGCCACGAGCGAAGUAUGGCGAUGAUUACAAACAAGACUUUGACCCGGAAGUGUAUCUUGAGAUGUACUACACUGACCUGAAAGGUCAAUCGUCGGAGGGAGACAUGCUGGAGACGUCCAUGCUAUUCUGGCAGGAAGCAUUCGCUCAAGGUAACAUAACCGGCCGGCGACUGCUCGACAUCGGAACUGGCCCCACAAUCCACACUGUGAUCAGCGCCUCCAACUACUGUGACACCAUCUACCUGUCUGACUUGGUUCCCCAGAACAGGGAGACGCUGAGGAAAUGGCUGGAGGGGAGUCUUCAGCAUAGCUUCAGGAUCUUCUUCCAAUAUGUGGUCGACAGGGACGGGAAAGGAGAACUUCCCAGUGACAGAGAAUCCAUGUUGAAAGAUAAGAUUGUGGGGAUCUUUUCUCUUGACCUUCUGCAGGUGGAGCCUCUGCUGCCAUCACUGUUUCCUACGUUUGAUAUCAUCACUUCGUCAUUGUGUAUGGAGGUUGCUGCUCCAGAUCUCGCCGGCUACGAGAUCAUAGCGAGAAGUGUAGGAAAACUUCUGAAGGAAGGAGGCCAUAUUGCUCUCUUUGGAGUUCUUGGGGAAUCUUUCUACCAAGUUGGCAGCCACACAUUCUACUGCCUCAAGAUCAGUGGAGAACAGGUGCAAGAUAUCUGGAAACGAUCCGGAUUCAAAAUUGUUGGCUGGAUGCAAAAAUCCUCCCUCGGCCAUGAUGCUUCAUUGUCAGAUUUUGAAGGUGUGUUUCACAUGGUAGCAAAGAAGAGUCUUUAAUGUGGAGCAAUACUUCCCACGUUGUCGCAAGUGUCAACGCGCAUGUUGACGGGGAAUUAGCUCUUGGGGGAAUAAAGGACAAAAUCGACAUCACUGUCCCGGAACGCUUUAUGCACAACAUGUAAACAAUAAACAACAAUUGCACAAUGAGCGGAAUACCUGCUCUGACAACACAAACACAGCGAUGAGCGGACCUUCCAGCUCAGGCAUGCAUGAGGUGAGCGAAGCUCCAGCUCAACCUCAGGGCGUUUCCUACGAGCGGCACAUCCUGCUCGAGGUCGUCCCUACACAGUGUAAUGG